GCAAGUCUUUGCGCUCCAUUUGCCAAUUUUAGGGCUUUGACAUCUCUUCUACAUGUUGUACUAUAUUUUCCAGUCAGAGGUUAUUUACACGUUCAGUCAUCAGUGGUCAAACAAUACGGUGCAAGUUGCUAGGCAGGAGGCUGCAGCAACUGAUCACUGAGCCUCCAACACCUGCAUCUCAUAAACAACAUCAGCUUUGACUACAUCCAGAGCAUCCAGCAGUCACAGAGCUAACUACGGGUCUCUGUCUACAGUGCUCCUUCACCCCAUCUGUGGGGGGGCAGACAUGGAAAAUGGACCUCCUUCUGCAGGUUGUUUUAGAAGGUUUACUGACUGCUUCUUAAGCACAAAUUUAACAGAUGAAAAAGUAAAGGCAUAUUUGUCUGUACAUCCUCAAGUUCUUGAUGACUUUGUAUCAGAAAGUGUUAGUUCUGAAACCAUAGAAAAAUGGAUAAAAAAGAAAAACAAACUAGAUGACUUGACAUCGACUGAAAUCAGCAGGCAGUACCAGGAUACAAAUAUGCAAGGUGUAGUAUAUGAACUUAAUAGUUACAUGGAGCAGCGCCUUGAUGCUGGAGGAGACAAUAAGAUACUUCUUUACGAGUUAAGCGACAUCAUCAAAACAGCUACAAAGGCUGAUGGAUUUGCACUUUAUUUCCUGGGAGAAUGCAAUAAUAGCCUGUGCUUGUUCACACCAACUGGAAUAAAGGAAGGACACUCUCCGUUAACUCAUGCUGGACCAGUUGAAUUUGGAACAACAAUAUCUGCACAUGUAGCCAAAACCAGAAACACCCUAUUAGUAGAAGAUGUUAUGGGGGAUGAGCGGUUUCCCAAAGGAACUGGACUGGACUCAGGGACACUUAUCCGGUCUGUUCUUUGUUUACCAAUUGUUACUGCUAUUGGUGAUCUGAUUGCAAUCCUGGAACUUCAUCGACACUGGGGAAAAGAACCCUUCCGUUUGUGUCACCAGCAGGUAGCAACAGCAAAUCUUGCAUGGGCCUCAGUAGCAAUACAUCAAGUACAAGUGUGUCGAGGGCUUGCCAAACAGACUGAGCUAAAUGACUUUCUACUUGAUGUCUCAAAAACAUACUUUGAUAACAUUGUUGCAAUAGAUUCUUUACUUGAACAUAUAAUGAUAUAUGCAAAGAAUUUGGUGAAUGCAGAUCGAUGUGCCCUCUUCCAAGUUGACCACAAGAAUAAAGAAUUAUAUUCUGAUCUUUUUGACAUUGGAGAAGAAGAUGAAGGGAAGCCUGUUUUCAAGAAGACUAAAGAAAUAAGAUUCUCAAUUGAAAAGGGUAUUGCUGGUCAGGUUGCAAGAACAGGUGAAGUUCUGAACAUACCAGAUGCCUAUGCAGAUCCACGAUUUAAUAGGGAAGUAGACCACUAUACAGGUUAUACAACAAGAAAUAUUCUGUGCAUGCCAAUUGUAAGCCGAGGCUGUGUUAUAGGCGUUGUACAGAUGGUGAACAAACUAAGUGGAAGUGCCUUUUCUAAAACAGAUGAAAAUAAUUUCAAAAUGUUUGCCGUUUUCUGUGCUUUGGCCUUACACUGUGCAAAUAUGUACCACAGGAUACGACAUUCUGAGUGUAUUUACAGAGUGACUAUGGAGAAAUUGUCAUAUCACAGCAUCUGCACCGAGGAAGAGUAUCAGAAUCUUAUAAACUGUACCCUCCCAGCACCUCUAUAUAAAGAAAUUGAACUAUAUACAUUUGACAUACAGCCCUUUGAGGAAUUUUGGCCAGCAAUAUAUGUUUACAUGAUUCAUCAGUCUUGUGGUAAAACCUGCUUUGAACUAGAAAAGUUGUGUCGUUUUACCAUGUCUGUGAAAAAGAACUAUCGUCGUGUCCCCUAUCAUAAUUGGAAGCAUGCAGUCACAGUAUCACACUGCAUGUAUGCAAUACUCCAAAAUAGUCAAGACCUGUUCACAGAUUUAGAGAGACAAGGACUCUUAAUAGCCUGCUUAUGUCAUGAUCUGGACCAUCGGGGUUAUACUAACAGCUACCUACAAAAAUUUGACCAUCCAUUAGCAGCUUUGUAUUCAACAUCUACAAUGGAACAACAUCACUUCUCUCAGACUGUCUCAAUCUUACAGCUGGAAGGGCACAAUAUCUUCUCCAACUUGAAUUCCAGUGACUAUGAGCAAGUACUGGAGAUCAUUCGCAAAGCUAUAAUUGCCACAGACCUUGCACUGUAUUUUGGAAACCGAAAACAUUUGGAAGAGCUUCACCAAUCAGGAGCUUUAAACUAUAAUAAUCAAGUACACAGAGAUCGCCUUAUAGCUUUAAUGAUGACAGCCUGUGAUCUUUGCUCUGUGACCAAACUGUGGCCCGUAACAAGGCAAAUUGCUGAUGAUAUAUAUGCAGAAUUCUGGGCAGAGGGUGAUGAAAUGAAAAGAAUUGGUAUUUCACCUAUCCCAAUGAUGGACAGAGAUAAAAAGGAUGAAAUUCCACAGGGCCAGAUCGGAUUCUACAAUGCAGUAGCAAUUCCUUGUUAUACAACUCUUUCACAGAUUUUUCCUUCUACACAGCCACUUCUCAAGGCAUGCAGGGAUAAUCUCAAACAAUGGGAAAACGUGUCUAAGGGAGAAGAUACUACAGUUUGGAUACCAUCCCAGUCACUGGCAACAGAGUCAUCUGAUUCACUUCCUGUCAAGAUAGCCGAUUGAACAUUGCUCACCUUUAAAGAAGCAAUAGUGUCUUAUCAUGAGAGAGAAUUAGAAGACUUAAUAAAUGGGAAGACAAAGGACAGAUACUUUGGCAGGUGUUUACCAUUUUAGUGACAUUAGGAUGAAAAGAAAACCAAAUCACGCUAUUUAUUAUU